UAGGAUUCGUUGUUUUUUCAGUAUUCGUUUUUAGAUAAUCAUGAAUUUGGGUUUUUAAAUUUUGGCUGCAAAAAAUGCUAAAAAUCAAUAUUAAAUUGAAAUAGUGUAUAAUAAAAAUAAAAAUUUUCUGAUUGCUGUAAUAGUCGAGUGUAAAAGGCGUAGAUAACAGCUCAAAGCUUUUAAAUAAUAUAUUAAUACGCAAACAAAAUCACGUUCAUACAAACCUAUCUAGCUGGUGGAGUGAAACGCAAAUUGGUAUCGCUUUGGUGCGAGGACGGUGACCAAAAUCAUAACAAAGUCAAGUGUGAUUUGUACUUUAAUAUUAAAACAUGUCGACUUUGGAGGCUGGUGACGCCCCAGCGCUGGGGUUGAUUGGCAAGUUAGCGCAUACAUUUGGUGCCACGGAAGCUGCGUUGCGUUUACUGUUAUCAAUUUUUACAGGCUAUGGAAUUGCUUACGUAUACCGGAAGGUGCUCAUUCACCAACCCAACAAACUGUUGCAUCACUUAUAUUUUUUGGUGUGGGGCUUGCUGCUGUGCCUGUUUAAUUUCGGACGUGAUACCUCUCAUUCUCUAAUUGCUAUAGCCACCACGUAUGUGCUGGCACGGUUUUUCCGUUCAUCACCGCGCGAGCUUAUUAUUAUCAAUUUCGUCUUUCACAUGUCUUAUCUGCUCGUGGGCUAUUACUUCACCGAAAGCAAUGAAUAUGAUAUUCUUUGGACAAUGCCACAUUGCGUGUUGGUACUACGUUUGAUCGGCUUCAGUUUUGACAUUACUGAUGGGCUGAAAAAGCGUGAACAGCUUUCGAAAGAGCAGCAGGAAAAUGCUAUUGCCUCAAUACCCUCGGUGAUUGAGCUAUUUGCGUUCGCUUAUUUUCCUUGUGCGUUUCUAAUUGGUCCACAAUUUGCAUAUCGCCGUUAUCAGCGUUUCAUUGAGGGCGAAUUUAGGCAAUUUGAAGGUGGCAACGAGGCUGGCCUCAAGCGAAUGUCAGUUGGACUUGCGUACUUAAUUGUUAGGCAGGUGGGUGCGUCAUAUUUCCCCGAUUCCUACUUCAUUUCGGAUGAGUAUGCGAAAGUGCCAUUCUUUUGGCGUUUAGUCUAUUUGGGUGUGUGGGCAAAAUUGUCAUUGUGCAAGUAUGUGGCUUGCUGGCUGCUGACAGAGGGUGCGCUCAUGAUUUUGGGCAUCUCGUAUAAGGGCAAGAAGGAGAAUGGCGAAAACGAUUGGUCCGGCUGCUCGAACGUAAACCUCUUCAUAUUAGAAACUGGCUAUUCUAUGCAGCAUUAUGUGCACUCAUUUAACGUGAACACAAAUCAAUGGGUUGGACAAUAUGUUUAUAAGCGUUUGAAGUUUCUAAACAACCGCACGAUCAGCUAUGCUGCUGCUUUGGGUUUCUUGGCCGUAUGGCACGGUUUCCACAGCGGCUAUUACAUGGCAUUCCUCAAUGAGUACAUGACUGUGACAGUGGAGAAGCAAUUUGCCAGCGUUUGGGCUAAGAGCAAAAUCGAUGUGUAUGCUGACAUCGUUAGUCCGCCAUUUGUCUAUCCCGCUCUGAAAUACUGUGUCCAAAAAUUGUACGAUCUCUUCUAUAUCGGCUGGUGUAUGACACCAUUUAUUCUGCUCAGUUAUCCGCGUUGGAUCAAGGCAUAUGGAUCAGUCAAUUAUUUUGUUUUCGUGGCUGUUAUAGGUUGGACGAUUUUCUAUCAAGCAUUUAAAUAUUUUGAGCGAACAGCUAAGAGACGUGAACAGGAUAAUACUUUUGGCCGUGCAACAACACUCUCGCCCACAGUGGCGGAGACAAAUGAUGCCAAGAGAGAUUAGUAAAUGUACUUAUGAAUAGGUGAGGCAUUGAAAUUGUGCUGUAAUUGUUACUGCAAGCAUAUUAUUUACAGGGAUAUCACAGAAUCCAUCGCAUUCCGAUUUUUCGUGAAAUCUACGAAAAUGCCAUCAUGCCGUAGCAAUUCGGAUCCGACAUCGCAUCUCGUAGAUUUUACGAAAUAUCUAACUACGAUGGAUUUUGUGAUAGCCCACAUAAAUUCUGUAAAGAUAAAAGGCUGUUGACAAAAGUGAAAUUCGAAAAAGUGAGACACACAUAUUUUUAUAAGCUUCUAAAUAUUAUACUGUGCUCAAUAUUAAUUUUGUUUUUUUUAUAUAAGCGCAUUGGCUGCCUACCUUGGUUCUGUUAACUUAAGUAUUAAAAAAUCAGCUGGUUUAAUUUCCAGUAAGUGGUUUUCACCAAAAUGCAAGAAGCUUUUUACUAGCAAUAUUUUAAACUUGAGGAAAUUUUUUCCGAUAUAAUUGUCAGAAAAGCUGUAUAAUUUUAAAGAAUAGUAUUUUUUUGUAUUUGACAGUGGCACAUCCUUCUAGUCAGUAAAAGUCUAUUAUAACACAUUGAAUUAUUUUAUAUUAUACAAAUCUCAGGCACGCCUAAUAGUUUAUACAUAAAUAUAUUUUUUAGCUGACGAAAAUAGACGUUUUCUUGCAUAAGUUAAAUACUUAAUUUUCUGAAUAAAAAAACCAUGUAUUCGAAUAAUAAUUAUUAAAAGUUUCAAUGCAACCAAACUCUUUAAUUAAGCAAUUAGUGUAGUUGUUGAACGUCAGUGGAGAAGCAUAGUAAAAUAUACAAUAUUUACAAUCGUUGACUUCAAUUAACCAACUAAGAAAUAUAUCUGAACUGUUUAUUACUUUCCGAUCACAUAAUACUCGUACUUACAUACAAACAUAUGAAAUGUAUGAAUGCACCAAACUGUGAACUGUUUUUUAAGAUAAAAAUGGGAUUAACAUUGGAUCAAUUUGUAAAAUAAAUAAGUCAAUUUUCUUCUAAUACACCAAAAAAUUGUAUUA